CUGCAGUAUAACAUGUCGUCCGACUUUAAACUAAGUCUUAGAAAAUUAGGACAUCCAAUGUGUGCGUUGGAAGCUUUAACCCGACUGGAGAGCAUUAUUGUAAGUCGAAAUAAGCAGAAUGCAGGGAUGCAAAUGCAAAUUAUAUCCGAAUUCAUUUUUCUGGAGCGUGGAAAAGAUGUGGAUGGUCACAAGGGACACUCGCAGUCGAUUAAUCAAAUGAACUCAUUUCAAGAGUUUCAAUUGUUACUAGCUCUUAUUGAUUACUUUUCCCGUCCAGGUCGUGAUGCCACACGCAAUGCAAUUUUUCUGUCUUUGUUUGGCAGCCACCUAACGCCUCAGCGGUCAAAAUUGCUGUCUAGAUUAAUAAGUACAGCUAUAUCGGGAUCUAUUGCGCCACUUCUGUCCUCGGCGGGUACAUGGAUGCAGCAAGUAGGCUGUAAGACUUCACCAAGCUUGGAAGUCGCACAAAACAUUGUCAGCGAUUUCAUAUUAUUUUCAAGGAAAACAUCCGAUCAACUGAAGCAGCUGCCUAUGGUGGGUCCGCAUUUUGCUGCCAACUUCAUGGUUGCUGUAACUGAUCUUUAUUUGAACGAUCAGCGAACUGGGGUGCUGACUGCACCUCCGGAUGCACUACUAGACGCGAUAACAGAAUGGACAACUGAGAAUCCGGCAUUGUGUCAGGCAUCGCAGCAGACACUGCUUCUCCCUGCAGGUGCCAUUGCGAUGCCGUUUACUACACCAUUGUCAGGUCUUCUGCGGUGGACAAUACUGGCCCCACUUAUAUCCAAUCGAGCCACAUACAGCCAUCUUCAUUUAUCAUUACUACAAACACUUCUGCAGGUGGGGUGCAAUGGCGAGCAGACAACAGUUUUGGAAACACAAGACCUUAUGCAGAUUGUUACAUUGUUACAGAAUCAUUGUAUUCGUUUGAGCGAAGCGAAGAUUAUGCCUCAAGAUGAUGCGUCCUACAAAAAAUGCAUGGAGCGUUUCGCUCAAGCUCUUCAAAUUGCAAUUACUUCAAACUGCAUAUUUGGAAAUCAUUUGCAGCUUCUGCGCGCACUUGAAGGUCUUCCUCCGCAUUUACUAAUGAAUAUAGUAAUACUAUCAAAUAAAAAGAUAUACUAGCUAUGA